AUGAUUAACUAGUAGUAAAAGGCAAAGCAAGAUGAAAAAUUUAUAUAUUUUACAUCAAUUGCUAGCACUGUAUCUGGAAUUUUAACCAAAUUUUUAGUUCACCCUCUUGAUACACUUAAGAAUAAGCUACAAGUUUCAACUUUAAGACUAGAUUCUAAUAACAUAACACGCCAUUUUUUUAAAGAAAUAACUGUUUAAACUUGGAAACAAGAAGGAAUUAAAGGAUUCUAUAAAGGAGUUGGUAUUUCUGCUAUUGGUUCUGCUCCUGCCUUUUCGCUAUUUAUGACAUCAUAUGAGUACACCAAAUAAGUAAUCAGUAAAAAACAAAUAUUUGAGGGGUAGAAUUUUAUAAAGCACAUGAUAUGCGGAUUUAACGCAGAGUUAGUAAGUUGCGUUUUAUGGCUACCGGUAGAUGUUUUGAAAUAAAGAUUAUAAGUGCAAUCAAACCUUGGACUGUAUUAAUAUAAAAAUUCCUUAGAUGCUUUUUAGAAAAUAGUUUAAAGCGAAGGGUUCUUUGCUUUGUAUAGAGGUUUUGGAGCUACUUUGAUUUCAUUUGGCACAUCUGUUGCAAUAUAUUUUGCUUCUUAUGAAAAGCUUAAGGAAAUUUACAUUAAGGAUCCUAAAAACAUUGGAUUUUGGUAAAGUUUCUUUUUAGCAGCUAUGGCUGGCUGUUUCUCAGGCUUCUUAUGCAACCCUCUAUUUAUGGCCAAAUUAAGACUAUAAGUCCAAUAAAACUAACUAAAUAGUUUUGGUUAUCAUAAUGUUUUCCAUGGUAUAGCCUAAAUUUACAAGAAAGAAGGAUUUUAUUCAUUUUUCAAAGGCAUGGUACCUAAACUAAUAUAAAAUACUCCUUAGAAGGCUUUAUCAAUGAGUAUAACAGAGUUUAUAAGGAAAUAACUUUUUUAUUUUGAUGAGAAAGUUUAACAAAAGCAUUGA